CAAGAAGAAGAUGUAGCGGAGCGGGCGAGUGAGGCGGAUCAGGCGUGCCUUGGACACCUCAAGCCGACAGAACAAGUAAGGACCGGCUGCGACACGAGGAAAAAGGCCCCUUGCCGAAGCCGGGCGCCGUUUUUCCCUUUUUCUCGGGUUCCUCGGUUCCCCGACUGGGUACCUGGCGACCCCGAGCGUCUCUCCCCUUACCAGGGGCUGGGAACUGCGCAGUCAUGGCUGAGGUGAAAGUGAAAGUGCAGCCGCCCGACGCGGAUCCGGUCGAAAUAGAAAACAGGAUUAUAGAAUUAUGUCACCAGUUCCCUCAUGGAAUCACAGACCAAGUAAUUCAGAAUGAAAUGCCUCAUAUAGAAGCCCAGCAGCGGGCAGUGGCCAUCAAUAGACUGCUGUCCAUGGGUCAAUUGGAUCUCUUAAGGAGCAAUACAGGACUUCUGUAUAGAAUAAAGGAUUCUCAGAAUGCUGGCCCUGUCUCAUUCUUUUUAAGUAAAAUGAAAGGAUCAGAUAACCAAGAAAAACUAGUAUAUCAAAUCAUAGAGGAUGCAGGAAAUAAAGGAAUAUGGAGCAGAGAUAUCCGAUACAAAAGUAACUUGCCAUUAACAGAAAUUAACAAAAUUCUAAAGAAUUUGGAAAGUAAAAAGCUUAUCAAAGCUGUUAAGUCUGUGGCAGCCUCAAAAAAGAAAGUAUAUAUGCUCUAUAACCUGCAACCGGACCGGUCUGUGACUGGUGGAGCCUGGUACAGUGACCAGGAUUUUGAAUCAGAAUUUGUAGAGGUGCUUAACCAACAGUGUUUUAAAUUCCUACAAACCAAGGCAGAAACAGCACGAGAAAGCAAACAGAAUCCAAUGAUACAAAGAAAUAGUUCAUUUGCCUCAUCACAUGAAGUGUGGAAGUACAUCUGUGAAUUGGGGAUCAGUAAGGUAGAGUUGUCCAUGGAGGACAUUGAAACGAUCUUAAAUACACUCAUUUAUGAUGGGAAAGUGGAGAUGACUAUCAUUGCUGCAAAAGAAGGCACAGUUGGCAGUGUAGAUGGACACAUGAAACUGUACAGAGCAGUCAAUCCAAUCAUCCCACCCACAGGUUUGGUCCGGGCCCCGUGUGGACUCUGUCCGGUUUUUGACGACUGCCAUGAAGGUGGUGAGAUUUCACCAUCUAACUGUAUUUAUAUGACAGAGUGGCUCGAAUUUUAAGAGAGAACUAGGAACUUUACUGACAUUUUGCAAAUGAAAUUACUUUGGGAGCAAAUAAUUUAACUCAUGAUGGAACAUCAAAUUCCCUUGAAAGCAAACCUCACAAUAAUGGAUAGACUGCUGCUAUUAAAAAGUAUUUUUUUACCUAUGAAGACUAAAUUUAUAUUGGUAGAGUAGCCAACAGAAUAUGAAGAAGGUAAGGUUAAUAGUGAAAUCCAUUCUUCAAUAAAUAAAAUACUUUGAACUUCCAGAAGACCACCUUCUGAAGCUUUCAACACUUUGAUGGUUCACAGAAAAAGAAGCCAACAAAUCCGUAUUUGCCAUAUACUACGAUAAUGACUAAAGUUUAAAAAUGCCCAUUUUUAAAGUUAUUUAUUAAGGUCUUCAUUGGAAAAUUUUAUAUCUGGUUCACUAUUGCCAUUUCUGUUUUCUCUUUUCUCAGUGGUUUCUUUGAGAAGGAAUCAAAAGCGGUGAGGCAGGAAUAGCACCUAGAGGCAUGAGUGGGGGAGAGAGCGGAACAUCCCUUUCCACACACUAUUCAUUCCUUUUUACGUCAGAAAUAUUCUUUCAGAGGAUUAUGCCUUUGUACUUACCUCAGAUGCAAAUGAUGAGUAUUGUCAAGGAUGUUUUCAGUGCAUAAAUGUGAUUAUUCUCAUCCUAGAGAGACUGUUUUCACUGGUCCCUCUUUGUCAGUCUUCCAAGUUUCACUCUGUGGCUCAACUGCUUUAUGUGCUAGAAUUGCCCCCAUAAUCCAUUGCCCUCCAUUCACACUUUAUUGCGAUCAGGGUACCACUUUUCUUAUUUUAGAUUUGUUUCCUUACUGUCUUCAAAAUCACGGUGUAAUUGGUCUAAACUAAGCAGAAAGCCAUUAUUAAUUGUUCUCAGUUCUAAUAGUACUUUCAAUCCUAGGUUAUUGGGUGUAUUCUUGCACAGAAGUUAGCUUUUUUAGGAUCUCAGCUGUUGUAUGUUCACUUUGUAGCUCUACUUAAUGAUUUCUGUGUCCAGGCCAAAAGCAUGGGACCAAAGGAAAGGAAUUCAAAGCCAGCUGCUACUGAGGCCCAGUAGUUCACACACAAGUUUGGAGAUACUCCAAGUGGUAAACAUCAGAAGGGUUAUUUUGAGAUACCUGGGAUCAGUAAAAUAAAAUUCAGCUCAGUAACCAACGAAGAACCAGGUGGAGUCUGUAGCCAGCUCUAUAGAAAUAGAAUUCAAUGACAUCAUUUCAAGUACUGGAUGUAUAGAAGAUGGAGAAGAAUCUGGGAGCCUGAAACUACACCACCCCCAGUGAGAGCUGGAAUAGUGAGAACAUUAUUUGUCCUUCUUGGGACCUGGCCUGUCACAGAGACGCUAGUCUUAUUUAAUGAGAAAGCUGAACUUGGGGGAGAGGUACAGGUGGGGAGAAGGAAGCAGUUCAUGUAUUAAAUACAGACUUUGCAUUGUGUCUUGAUAGCCAAAGAUUUUAAAGCUUACAAUCAGAGGCCACAACAAAAGUUCUUUGACUCACCAGAAUAAAGAGACCCUUUAAAUGCUUUUCCGACAGCAUGUCUUUCAUUCUGAAUAUUAACUGAAGGAGAAGAGAGACAAAAAUACUGCACCUCUGAUAUAUAAAUGGAUAUUUACCCACCAGAAGUAAACUGUGACCAAAACGAAUUAUGGAGCUGUAGACUCCUGACACCAAAAAAAUCAAAUUGUGAGGAAAGUCCUAAUCCUUACAGUUGAUUUCCAUUUAGUAUUAAGUAUUUUGGUCACCUGAGAAUAAAUAUUCUCUGGAGUCUGUUAGGGCCCCUCUGUUCUGGUUUAUAAUGAUCCAUUGGGAGUCAAUCAUGAGAGACCAUGAUUCAGUGGUUUCAAUGGACAGUUUAUGUGGAAUUCUUCCAUAAAACUCCUCUGAGCUUAGUUUGGUGAGGAGUAAAUUUUAUGAAGCCAUGAUUUUUACGGUGAUCAACUGAAUAAAUGAGUCAAACAAGUAA